UCAAAACACUCGACCAUUAUGUCGCCACUGGAUAUCGUUUUGCUCCUGGUCAGUUUCCAUCAAGUGAUUGGCAGUGACUUUUCCGCCAUGAGUUUGGAGUUCAAGCAGUGUGUUCGUGGAUCACAGAAACCGAAGAUCGGUGAAUGUUUAGGAAGAUCCGCUCUGAACUUCAUCCAGAAAUUAGAUGAGAGCGAUAACGUAAAGUUCGUGGAGGAUUUUGUGACAGUGAAAAGUGAAACAGCUGCAGUCAGAUCUCUAUCAAAUGUGCUCGACACGGAUCCAGUGGACUUCCGCGGUAUCCUCGAGAAUGCUGGCGCAGUGAUGGGUCAACGGAGUAUGGAGUGGCAUAUGGACGGCCUUUAUCCUGGACUUAUGUUCAAAAUAGGUCCCACAGCGGAUGCGAAUAGUGUGGCCGAGUUCGUCCUCGAUGGAGCGGCGCAGGGAGAGCGACAAUUUGGAUUCGAGGAUCCCUCAACCGGUCGCGUCUUGACCAAGCAGUAUUUACUGCCCUUUCUUCUGGGCUUAAAGUUCAAUCUGGUGGCCCUAGUACCCCUGAUAUUUGCUGGCAUAUGUCUGCUGCUCAAAAAGUCAUUAUUUUUGGUCAAGCUGGCCAUAUAUGUGAGCAGCUUCUUGGGACUGGGUGGAAUCGUUGGUGGACUUGGAGGAUUGGGUGGUGGUUUUGGAGGUGCCAGCUUUGGCGCUGCAAACUUUGGUUUGGGUGGCUUUAGUGGCCACCGUCCAAUCGGCCAAUUUCCCGGAAAGACUACGGUAUUUGGCAAAGGCCAGGAUGAGUUCCACCACCAGUACGAUGUGCACGAGACGUCGCCUUAUCGUCGAAGUGAACGAAAAGUUCGAUUCGAGCAGCCUCGAAUGGCGGAAACGCCGGGCCAAGCACCUCCAGUCAACCCCAAACCGCCCACCCAAGACCGUUUCUACGACUUUGAAAACCAACGCAGGCCAAGUAACAAACUAUUGGCAUCCAGUGUGGAGCAGGAGGGCGAACUUCUGUUGAGAAACUUCCAGGACCCCCACCGAAUGGAGGGCUGGCAGGCGGUGGACGUGAGAUCGCUAUGAGCACAUAGUUUACACUUUACAAAAAUUUGUGUAUAUAAAAUCAUAGUGCGUUGUGUAGGGUAUUU